AUGUUAAUUUCAAAGACAGAGAAUGAAGAGUAAUCUGAGACAGCAGUUAAUUCAACACAACCUGUUUGUCCUAAUUGUGGUGCAGCUAGGGAAAGUAUUUUAGAAUAAGUGCCAUCUCCAGCUUCAUUUAUAAUUUCCUUUGUUUCUUUAUUUUAUUUCGGAAUUUGGUGCAUAUUUAUAAUCCCAUUGGUGUUUCAAUCAACAAAAGUAAAUAAAAUAAAUAAAUGUCAAGAUGAUUAUAAAGAGAUGCUACUAUUGUAAUCAAGAAUUAGAAAAAAGAAAAUACUUUUAAUUACCAAAUAUCAACGAUUAAGUGCUUUAAUUUAGAUUUGGCAAUUGCAUAGUGGUAGUAUCUAGAAAAUAUGCCUUGGUUUUAUUGACAAUCAUACUUUGUUUGUUUUUUUACUUUGAAUAUUUUACAGAGAAGGAGCAACCAUAAAUUGAAGCAAAUAUCUAUUCGAACAAAACGUGGGUGGAUUUCCUAUAAUUUUGUGGCAAAUUUUAAUUUGUUGAUAAUGGUUUGAAAGCAAGACAUCAAUUUGAAACCUAUUUCAAGGAUAAAAUAGUUUCAUGGAAAGGGUAUGAUAAACAAAAUUAAUUUUAGUGAUUUUAUUCAAACAAAACCUAAUCAUGAUCCAAAUUUCAGUUUCAAUUAUUGGGUGUAUUUAAAGAUGGAUCCAACUGAAUCAACUGAUGAUUUGCCUGAUAUUAUCGUUGGUGUAAGGGACUCUUAAUAUUAAAGUGAAACAUUUUAAAAAUUGGAAAAGGGUAAACCAAUUCAUUUUGAAGCUAAAUUUCUGUUUUUGGGAUCAGAAUAUAACUUUCAUAUUUUAGAAUUAAAACAUCUUACUGUGAUACCAUCUGAACUUGUGGAAGAUAUUAAAUAGCUACAUCAAUUCACCUUAGACAUGGACUAAUUCCAAAGAUUAAAGAGAUCAAAAUUAUAAGAGUCUCUUAAGCAUAAGAUCCAUAUGUAUAAUCCAAAACUAAUACCAGGAAUUCAAAAGAUAAUUGAAUCAAUCCAAACAACAAAUGAAACUAUUGCAAAAACCACAUAAGAUAAUGUUCAAAGUGAGGAAAAUAAACAAGAAUAAUAGAAUUAAAGUGAGAAUGUAAUUGAUGAGAAUGUGAAUGAGAAUGAGAAUGAGAAUGAGAAUGAGAAUGAGAAUGAGAAUGAGAAUGAGAAUGAGAAUGAGAAUGAGAAUGAGAAUGAGAAUGAGAAUGAGAAUGAGAAUGAGAAUGAGAAUGAGAAUGAGAAUGAGAAUGAGAAUGAGAAUGAGAAUGAGAAUGAGAAUGAGAAUGAGAAUGAGAAUGAGAAUGAGAAUGAGAAUGAGAAUGAGAAUGAGAAUGAGAAUGAGAAUGAGAAUGAGAAUGAGAAUGAGAAUGAGAAUGAGAAUGAGAAUGAGAAUGAGAAUGAGAAUGAGAAUGAGAAUGAGAAUGAGAAUGAGAAUGAGAAUGAGAAUGAGAAUGAGAAUGAGAAUGAGAAUGAGAAUGAGAAUGAGAAUGAGAAUGAGAAUGAGAAUGAGAAUGAGAAUGAGAAUGAGAAUGAGAAUGAGAAUGAGAAUGAGAAUGAGAAUGAGAAUGAGAAUGAGAAUGAGAAUGAGAAUGAGAAUGAGAAUGAGAAUGAGAAUGAGAAUGAGAAUGAGAAUGAGAAUGAGAAUGAGAAUGAGAAUGAGAAUGAGAAUGAGAAUGAGAAUGAGAAUGAGAAUGAGAAUGAGAAUGAGAAUGAGAAUGAGAAUGAGAAUGAGAAUGAGAAUGAGAAUGAGAAUGAGAAUGAGAAUGAGAAUGAGAAUGAGAAUGAGAAUGAGAAUGAGAAUGAGAAUGAGAAUGAGAAUGAGAAUGAGAAUGAGAAUGAGAAUGAGAAUGAGAAUGAGAAUGAGAAUGAGAAUGAGAAUGAGAAUGAGAAUGAGAAUGAGAAUGAGAAUGAGAAUGAGAAUGAGAAUGAGAAUGAGAAUGAGAAUGAGAAUGAGAAUGAGAAUGUGAAUGAGUAGGAGGAAAACAAAAAUGAAACUAAUGAAGAUAUCAAUCAAUAGGAUGAAUAAGAAAAACAAUUUGAUCCCUCUAGUGUUAAUAUAAAAAUUGAUGAAUCUAUAAGGAAUGAGAUUCUAUCAAAAGAUUCUGGAAUAGUUGAUGGAGUUAUUGAUGAUGAUGAUAAAAGUGCCACAAAUUAAGAUUGAC